UAAUUUUACGUCUCUUCAGUCUUCACCAUUAAAACGGGACCAAUUCUUCUCCAAAAAAACAAUUCAAUUCUGCUUCUAUCAAGGAAUAAUCAAAAUGAAACAAUCAGAGAGAAAUAUACAACGCACUCUCCCUCUUGAUAUUGCCCUCAAAAUCGCAUCAUCUCUUCAGGUAUUGGAUCUGGGUUCAUUGGGUAGUUGCUCUCAGUUUUGGAGGGACGUAUGUGGGUCCGAUUCUAUAUGGGAGUCACUUACCAAACAGAGAUGGCCUUCGCUUCAUUCUUCUUCUUUCGACCCCAACACCAAGGGGUGGAAAGAGAUUUAUAUAAAGAUGCACAGAGAGAAGGCGGGUAGUGCUGCCGAAGUAGUUGGGUUUGUGAAGCAAUGUUCUCUUUCUGAAUCAAUUGACGUUGGGGACUAUCAAAAAGCAAUUGAAGAUUUGAGUUCCAUGCAGCUUUCUUUUGAAGAUGUGCAGAUGUUCCUUUUCAAACCAAAGCUUAAUGUGCUCCUUAACUUAGUUGGCUUGCACUACUGCAUUUUCUGCCUUGAAAUGCCGGCUGACCGUGUUAUGGACACGCUGGUGGGCUGCAACAUCUUAGAGCGUAAAGUGCAUGUUAAAUGGUGGAAGCUUGGCAGGUGGUUUUAUGGCUUCCGCAUGAGGGAUGAGUCUUGUUCUUGUUGGGUUUCUCUGGAAGAUCUUCUAACAGGCAAAGGGGAAGAGGUCUUGGGGGUCCUUCGCCGAGGUGCUGUUCACGAGGUGUUUCGUGUUGAGAUCUCCAUUUCAAAUCCAACAUCAACUUCCUGGUGUCAAAGCACACAGGGACAAGGUUAAGAAUGUAGAGUGGUGGGCUUAUUGCGUGAUAUGUUCGCUCUCUUAUUGUAGUAUUCAGUGUACAGAAAUAGAAUGUGCUCUUUGUGCUUCCCCAUGCGAGAUUUCUAUUGCUGGUUCCACAUUGAACUCCCUGGUCCUGCCGAAGCAUGCAAGGAAUGGACUAUGGGAUGUGGCAAGUGAUCAGUUUAUAUUCACAAGGAUUUUAUGCCAGUAUGUUGUAUAGUUGAUGUUUAUGUAAAUCCUCAUUUCCGUCUUCUGUGAGAAGACAGGGGACUGAAGGUGAAUUGUACAAGUGACAAACAUGUAAACUUUAAGCCCUAAACAGGAAAUAAGUGGUAAGUGUGUUUGUAUA